AUGGAAGAGCAUAACCAAACUGGAAGAGUGAAAGAAUUCAUCCUCCUGGGCCUUACUUAAAAUCCUCAGCUGCAGUAUUUACUCUUCUUUGUCAUCUUUGUCAUCUAUGUGAUAACUUUGCUGGGAAAUUUUGCCAUCAUCAUCACAGUGGCAACGGAUCACCAACUUAACACACCUAUGUACUUUUUACUGACCAAUCUGGCUUUCCUAGAUGUCAGUGAUUCCUCAGUCAGUGUUCCAAAAUUGCUGCCAAGCCUCUUAAACCAACACAAAAUCAUAUCAUUCAGUAAAUGUGUUCUCCAGAUCUUCUUCUUCCAUUUCACUGCUGGUGCUAUUGUCUUUUCCCUACUUACAAUGGCAACAGAUAGAUAUGUAGCCAUCUACAAGCUGUUGCGGUGCUUGUCUAUCAUGAAUCAGUGGGUGUGCUCGAGGCUGGUGGCAUUUGCCCGGUUUGGUGGAUUUGCUCGCUCUGUUAUACAAAUUGGACUCCUUCUCCAGCUCCCAUUCUGUGGACCCAAUGUUCUUGACAAUUUCUACUGUGAUGUCUCUCUGAUCAUCAAACUGGCCUGCACAGACACAUAUGUAGCUGAACUGCAGAUGGUCUUCAAUGACGGAUUCAUUCUCAUAUUUGUAUUCCUCAUUCUACUCAUUUUUUACAGCACUAUCUUACUGAAGAUAAGACACGUGACAGAAGGAAAGAGGAAAGCCCUGUCUACCUGUGGAGCCCAGCUCACAGUCGUAAGCUUGGCAUUCAUUCCCAGUAUCUUUAUCUACGCUCAGCCGUUUAAGAAUUUUCCCCUGGACAAGCUGUCAUUAUCUGUCAUUUACACUGUUGUCACACCAAUGCUGAGCCCUAUGAUCUACACACUGAGGAACUUGGAGAUGAAGGCAGCCAUCAGGAGAAUGUUGAGUAGAGUCUUUUUGUCAGAAAGGCAGUAG